UCUGUUUUCUUCCAUAGUUUAAUGUCUGUAUGACAGUGACAUGUGUUUAUCAUAUAAAGUCAUUUCUUCUGUCUGGAUCCAGGAUCUGAAGCAUCAGUGUUCGUCAGGUUUUAUGGAUCUGGACUGUCAGAUGCUUCCUAACAUCCAGAACCCGCCCGGAUCCCUCCGAGGUUUCACUCCAUCACGCUGCGCUCACAUUUGGGCUGCUGCAGCCUGGAGCCACGCUGAUGAAAUGACGUGAGUGCUUGACGAGGCUAAAUGGCAGCACUUGAAAUAGCAGUGACCUGCCAUGCUGCUCACCCACUCGCUGAUGCGAUCACGACCCCAUCAGAGCGUCUCAGCUCCGCGGCGCACCGGACAAUCCUCCGUGAUUUCUUUGGAACAUUUCAUUUGUUUUCUCACUUCAGGGAGCUCGAACUUUGAAGACAUGGAUACUGAUCGACCUGCAAAUGUCUCCUUCUCUGAUUUCGUUGGAGGAGUCCAGCUCCUCCGGGGAGAGGACACCAGGACCGCCAUGCCCGUCAUCCUGAUCGGGAUCUGCGUGUGCGGGGCCGUUGGGAAUUUGCUCGUUUUGCUGGUUUUCCUCCGUGACUUCAGAAACGGGAAGGGCUCCGAGGUGAAGGCGCUCCUCGCCUCUGUGGCCUCCACGGACUUGGUCAUCCUGCUGCUGUGCGCACCCGUGCGCGCCAUCACCUUCUACAAGCAGACCUGGACCUUGGGCAGCUUUGUGUGCAGCACCGCGGACUGGUUCCAGCACUCGUGUGUGGUUGCAAAAACUUUAGUCCUCGCUGUCACCACCAGAGCCAAACACACUCUGGUCCCCAGCACCGCCGCGGGGCCCCUCUACAGCCCGACGUGGAUCCACGCAGUCCUGGCGUUCGUGUGGAUCGUGUCCAUGAUGUUUCCCAUCCCGCAGAUGCUGUUCGCCUCUGUGGUGCCGCACGGCAGCGACGCGCUCUGCGUCUCUCAGGUGCCAGAGUGCGCGUCUGACUUCAUGAGUUUGUUCUACAAGAUCUACCCGACUGCGACCUUCGUGGUGCCGGUCAGCUUUACCGUGGCCUACUACACGAAAUCGCUCCACUUUGCGGUGAAUCACGCACCCAGCCCGCAGCAGCAGAGCAAGGUGACCCUGGUGCUGCUGUGUCUGAGCGGCGCCCUCGGCCUCAUGCUGCUGCCGGAGUGGGGCACAUUCACCUGGAUCAGGCUCGGGUACAACAAACCUCCCGUGGGCUUGAUCCUCUUUGCGCAGGUGCUCCUUUACGCGUGCAGCGCGCUGUCUCCGGUCAUCCUCAUGACCAUGUACGACGACGUGCGCCAGGGACUCAUCUCCAUCUGGUUCAUCGGGACCUGCAGAGGCUCCAAGCAGCUCCCCAGCAACAAGUGUCCGAAAACGGAGGGAAACGGAGCAGAAGUCGGAACCAACGCCGUGGCCAACGCGGUCUCAGCGGAGCAGGAGAAGACGUUCCCGGACGUUGAGCACUUUUGGACAGGGCGCAGGAAUACGCACGUCGAGGAGGAGCAGGAUCCGGUUCCGUGGGAGAGAGAGGAGAAGAUGCUGUAGAGAACCUGGUGUCUGAAACUGUCAUGUUUGGAUGUUUCUCAUCUAUAUUUAAUAUUUGUUCUUUGGAUCGGAGGAGGUUUGUGUUCAUGUGAUGUGUGUGUUCAUGUGAUGUGUGUGCUCAUGUGAUGUGGAUAAUAAAACUGUCAAACAUGAACUGCUCUGUUUGUUUUUAAUCAGAUCAUUUCUACAUAUUAAAUUUAAUCCAGCUGCAUGUUUCAGGCUCUGAGUUUGAAAUAAAAGUUGACUCUAUAUUCAGGAUGGAAGAAAUCAAAACAAAGUACCAAAAGUAAAAGUACUCAUUAUGCAGAGUAAUCCACCUCUGAACGAUGCAUAUUUAAUUAAU